AUGGAGACUAUUGCAAUUGACAACCAAUGGAUUGAAAAAUUCAAGUUAAUUUCGAAAGAAGAGGUCGAAUCACCUACUAAAAUACAUAAAAAUGAUGUUCGUCCACGUGUAACAGACACAGUAAACGAAAGUAAUAUAAUAUUGAGUGAAAGUCAAGAAAAUUUUUUCGGACAGCGUCAUUGGCGUAUGAUGCGCAUGCAGCCACUAUUUUCAAGUGAACCAAGACUUGAAAAGAUAUGCAACGAUUGGAAAAAUAACUUUGUUGAUUCCGGCUUCACAACAUAUAUUUUUCCUGAACCAACCAAUGAAUCAUUUGCAGAUGAAGUAGAUGAUUUUGAAUAUCUGAUUAAUCUUUGUGGGUGUACCUUGACGAGUCUCAAUUUAUAUUAUUAUCCUGUUUCUUCCGUGAUGCAAUUGAUUAAAUCUAAGUGUCCAAAUCUCAAUGCACUUUUAUUAAGAUUUAAAGAAGUGGAAAGUAAAGAUUUUGAUGAUGUUUUUUCGAACAUGAGUCAUCUUGAAACAUUAAUAAUUAAUUGGCCACGUAAAAACUUAACUUUCCCAAUGACUUUGAUCAAGUCAUUAGAACAAGUUUGUGAAACCUUAAAAACGUUUUUCAUUUUAUGCGAAGGUGAAAGAUCUUGGCUUUCUGACAGAACAUUUACAUUCGAUUCUUUGGUAUUAGCUCCAGAAACUGAAGCUUUAAUGGAUGUAAUUGGUAAUAUGAAAAAUCUCGAGUGUGCAAGAAUCUCAUUGGAUUAUGGUUUUACAGAUGAAUUACUCGUGAAACUUACCAAUAAUUGUAAAAAUUUGAUAUCUUUAAAAGUCCGUAGUCCAAAUAUAACGGAUAAAGGUUUAAUUGCAGUUAAUAAUUUGAAACAAUUAGAAUAUUUUUCCCUUGAUUUAAUGGGAGCAAAUAUAGAAAAUAAUUUCAUCACUGAUCGGUCAGUUCAAUGUUUGUUCAACAACAAUAUAGAAGAGUUGUAUCUACCGAAUUGUAUUAAAAUAACCAACAGCUCAGUGAUCGAACUCGUUAAAAAUUUACCGAAUUUACGAACUCUCGAUAUUAGAAAUACAAAAGCAACUAUUGAAGUUGUCGAAGAAAUUGCUCAACUAACAGAAGACAGUGAACUAAGCUUAACCAUAUAUGUGUCUUUUAAAAUUCAUGAUUAUAACACCUUUAUAGUAGGGUGGGAACAUCCAUUCUUUGUCGUAAAAGUUAACCGAGCACUAAAGUUUAAGAGUUCAUAUAGAGAAUACCAUACCCAGUUUUAA